AUGAAGAAAAGCUCGUCUUCCCAUAACUAUACCGAGUUCGACCCCGAGCUGGGCGAUCUCCAGAAGAAGAGGUCGCUUGUCAGAAGAGACCGCCAAAGAAUGGACGAAAAUAACCCCAGAUACCACUACACACAAGUUGCCAACGAACAACAGGACCAUCUUCGUAUCCAGCCGUCGCUGACGGGCUUGGAUCCCACGGCUAGUCAUGAAAGAAGCGGCAGGCAGAGUUUCCAGCUGAUGCCACAGCAUAUGGAGGAAGAAGAAGGCAUUCCACUUAUGGAUAUGGAUGCUGGCUCGCCUAAAGCUGGACGGGAGAUUAUUGGCUUGAACGACGAGGUUCUGCCGCAAAAGAAGCUGAAACCACGGAACCAGCCUGCCCAGCGUGCAGCGGCGGUGCCGAAAUCGAACGAUCUUUCGUUCUGGAAGGUUUACUGUUACAUUAUUACUUUCUGGGCUCCAGGACCGCUUCUCAAGCUUUUUGGGCUUAAAACUAAGGAUAGGCAGUACGCCUGGAGAGAGAAGAUGGGCCUUAUUUCUUGCAUUUUGUACAUUGGUGCAUUUGUGGCGUAUAUCACUUUUGGGUUCACCAGAACGGUUUGUUCUACUACCACUAUUAAAACGAGAAACAACGAGGUCAACACGGGUUAUUUGAUCAUCAACGGCCGUGCGUACGACUUGACUUCGUCCCAGCACCCGAAAGCCGCUGGAAUUCCUGGCGGUUCCAAUAUCUUGUACCCUCCAAUCAACGCUGGCGGUAUGGAUGCGUCUUUCUUGUUCCAGAACGUCAACGGCAACUGUAAGGGCCUUAUAAAGCCUCGUGACAACUGCUCCAUUCCGUACGACGGCGACGAGUUGGCCUGGUACAUGCCGUGUCGUUUGUUUGCCCAGGAUGGCUCUACUUCGCCAAAUACCACUAAGGUUUAUUACGAUGGCUGGGCUUGCCACACUUCUGCUGACGCCAGAGACGCCUACUAUAGUAUGAGCGUCAAUGGCGAUGUUUAUUUUACGUGGGACGAUAUUCGUAACAGUACCAGAAACUUGGUUGUCUUUUCAGGUGACGUUUUGGACUUGGACUUGAUUGAGUGGAUUUCAAGGGACGACGUGACGUACCCGCUGCUUUUCGAUAGUUUGCAAACGGAUCCGCUCUUCAAAGGCCACGAUAUAUCCAUGGUUUUGUCCAACGGUGAUGAACGUCAGGCUGCACGUUGUUUGAGUGAAAUCAUUAAAGUUGGUGUGAUUGACUCCGAAACUGUUGGUUGUAUCUGUUCCAAGAUUGUCUUGUACGUUUCGCUUGUGUUUAUUUUGUCUGUUGUGAUUGUCAAGUUCCUUAUGGCGUGUUACUUCCGUUGGUGGAUUUCUGUCAGACAAGGUGCUUACGAUUACGAUAACAGGUCGACCUACGAACGUGAGAAGGAAAUUGAAGAUUGGGUCGAUAACCCUUCUGCUGCUGCUCCAAUCGCUACCGUUCCUGCUAAAGGCAGAGCCGACUACAGAACGCAAAAGACCAACAGACAAAGUGUGUUUAUCAAGAACUCCCACGCCCAAAAGUUGAUUCCUGCUUCUGAUAUCGGUAAAUACUACGAGGACGGCGACAAGAAGCUUUCCAAGACGUUCAAGUACACCACCAUGAGCACACAGGCCGCUUUGCUUGGUCGUAACAAGAAACAAAUCACCAGAGACCAACACAGCCGUUCUAUGGUGUUUUCUCACUCCAGAGCCUCUUCCAUUGACUUGCUUUCCCGCCCUGCUUCCAUGCUUGAUCCUUUCCAGGUCCAGAACGACCCUGUGAACGGUUUGAGCCCGGAACUUAUCCAUCCAGAUGUCGUUCCCCAGCCUCCAGUUGAGUACCAGCCUUAUGGGUACCCAUUGGCCCAUCUUCUUGCUUUGGUUACUUGUUAUUCUGAAGACGAGGAAGGUUUGCGUACCACUUUGGACUCUGUAGCUACUACCGACUAUCCAAACUCACAUAAGUUGAUUUUGAUGGUUUGUGACGGUAUUAUCAAGGGUUCUGACUCGGACGUGAGUACUCCAGAUAUCGCCUUAAGCUUGAUGACAGACUUUGCCAUUCCUCCAGAAGACGUACAAGCACAUUCGUACGUUGCAGUUGCCCAAGGCUCCAAGCGUCAUAACAUGGCUAAGGUUUACGCUGGUUUCUACAAGUACAGCGACGAAACGGUGCCUCCAGAGAAGCAGCAGCGAGUGCCAGUUAUCACCAUUGUCAAGUGUGGCACCCCAGAAGAAGCCGGAACCGCCAAACCAGGUAACAGAGGUAAACGUGAUUCCCAGAUCAUCAUGAUGUCUUUCUUGCAGAAGGUGAUGUUCGACGAGAGAAUGACUCAGUUGGAGUACGUUUUGCUUGAAUCGAUCUGGAGAGUUACAGGUCUUAUGGCUGAGUUCUACGAGAUGACGUUGAUGGUGGAUGCCGAUACAAAAGUGUACCCAGACUGUUUGACACACAUGUGUGCAGAAAUGAUCAGAGAUCCAGCCAUCAUGGGAUUGUGUGGAGAGACGAAAAUCGCCAACAAGAGAGACAGUUGGGUCACGGCGAUCCAGGUUUUCGAGUACUACAUUUCACACCACCAGGCGAAGGCGUUUGAGUCUGUUUUUGGAGGUGUUACUUGUUUGCCUGGAUGUUUCUCGAUGUACAGAAUCAAGUCUCCAAAGGGCGACAACGGGUACUGGGUGCCUAUUUUGGCCAAUCCUGAUAUCGUGGAAAGGUACUCUGACAAUGUGACAGACACUUUGCACAAGAAGAACUUGUUGUUAUUGGGAGAAGAUCGUUUCCUUUCCAGUUUGAUGUUGAAGACGUUCCCGAAAAGACACCAGAUUUUCGUGCCUCGAGCCGCUUGUAAAACGGUUGUUCCUGAUAAGUUCACUGUUUUGUUGUCCCAGCGUCGUCGUUGGAUCAACUCCACCGUGCACAAUUUGUUUGAAUUGGUGUUGGUGAACGACUUGUGUGGUACUUUCUGUUUUUCAAUGCAGUUUGUCAUUUUCAUUGAGUUGAUCGGUACGUUGGUGUUGCCGUGUGCCAUUGCCAUUACGCUUUAUGUGAUUAUCUUUGCCAUUGUGUCUACGCCCACGCCCGUGAUGUCGUUGAUUCUUUUGGCGGUGAUUUUCGGAUUACCUGGUUUGUUGAUUGUCAUUACCGUUUCCUCGUGGAGUUACGUUGUCUACUUUUUUAUCUACCUUAUCGCGUUGCCCAUUUGGAACUUUGUGUUCCCAACGUACGCCUACUGGAAGUUUGACGAUUUCAGUUGGGGUAACACCCGAACCGUUGCUGGAGAAGCCGCUGGCGCUGGAAAGAGCGGCCACGCCGGCGACGGUAUCUUUGACUCGUCCAGCAUUGUCAUGAAGAGAUGGAGAGAGUGGGAAGGCGCCAGGCGUGAUGCCUUGGCUGCUCCUCCUAUAGCAUGGGACCCAAGUCCAGAGAAGGACAUGGAGUACUCUGAAGGGUCGCUGGGCUCGCCAUAA